AAAGAAUUAAGUAAGCUUUCAGAAAACGAAAUGGGUACUAGUAAGGGAAAUAUGGUAACAAUUUUAAGCAUUGAUGGAGGUGGUAUUAGAGGCAUAAUUCCUGCUGUCCUUCUUGCCUUUCUUGAAUCGAAGCUUCAAGAACUGGAUGGACCAGAUGCAAGAAUUGCAGAUUAUUUUGACAUAAUUGCAGGGACUAGCACUGGUGGGCUUAUGACAACCAUGCUCACAGCUCCAAAUAAGGAAACAAAAAAACCUUUAUAUGAAGCAAAAGACAUCAAGAACUUCUAUUUAGAACAUGGCCCUAAGAUUUUCCCACAAAAAAGAAAUAACUUCAUGAACUCUGUAAUAAACUUUGUGGGUGAGGUUCUUGGCCCAAAAUAUGACGGGAAAUAUCUACGAUCAUUGACAAACCAGUUGCUUGGAGACUUGACCCUAAAGGAGACCUUGACAGAUGUGAUUAUACCUACUUUUGAUAUCAAGCUUCUUCAGCCAAUCAUCUUCUCAACCGAUGAUGCAAAGGUUAAUGCUUUGAAAAAUGCUAGGCUAGCAGAUAUUUGUGUCAGCACUUCUGCUGCUCCAACGUACCUCCCAGCUCAUUCCUUCACACUCAAGGAUGAUCAAACGACUCGCAGUUUUGAUCUUAUUGAUGGUGGCGUUGCCGCCAAUAAUCCAACACAAGUCGCUAUAAGCCACGUCCGGAGGGAGAUUUUACAGGAAAACUCUAAUUUUACUCAUGCAAGUGUGACAGAGAGAAAUGGUAUGCUAGUGUUAUCGCUUGGAACUGGCAUGGCCAAGCUUGAACCAAAAUAUAGUGCAAGUAAGGCAUCUAAAUGGGGUUUGAUUAGUUGGAUCUUUGACAAUGGCACAACACCAAUAAUUGAUAUUUUUAUGGAUGCUUGCUCCGACAUGGUUGAUUACCAUGUCUCCACUCUUUUCCAAUCCCUCCAUUGCGAUGGCUAUUACCUGCGCAUUCAGGAAGAUUCACUGACGGGUGAUGCCUCAUCUGUUGAUAUAGCAACUGCGGAGAAUUUACAGAGCUUAGUGGAGAUUGGAACGAAGCUACUGAAGAAGGCGGAGUCAAGGGUGAAUUUGGAAACUGGUAUAUUUGAAAGUAUGGGUGAACGAACCAAUGAAGCAGCUCUUAUUGACUUUGCCGACCGGCUAUCAAAGGAACGAAAGCUCCGGCAAGACUCUACUUGAAAAUUUGAUAUUUGUGGAAAUCACACGGUUAAAACGUGACGGGGAUAAUUGCGUUUAGAAUUAAAUUUGGCUAAAUCAAAUCUAUAAGUUUAAUAACGAACUAAAUCAAUGAAAUGAGAUUUUUUUUUCUAUA